CGUCCGUCACACAGGUCUACUGGUCCAAGUCUUUCCCCAUCCGCAGCUCCCGUCGGAAACUCAGCCUUGCAUUGCUUUUCCCAUUGGAGUCUCCUGUUGCCAGUCAAUCCACGCCUGCGUUUCAGCUCUCCGCCUCCACAAUUCUUCUCUCGGCUUCGCUUGGCGACCGUCAUAUUGGCUGUCAGGAAGAAGGAAAGACCACGGCGAAAGCGGACCGGUGGUCGAGCAAGGGGGACGCGAUUCAUUUUCCUUAAGUAACAGAAAAAAAUUCCAUCUCGGUUACGACGGAGCUGUCUAGAUAAUAUGUGUUAAAAACCGGCCACAGGAAUGAGAAGAAUCGCUGUAGUUUCCCUUGUUUUAUUCGCCACCGCGAAUCGCCAGGGGGAUAUGUGCUCGAGUUCUUUUAGCCAUUUUUUGCAGACAAAAGAGAGCGGUUAAAAAGGAAGACAAAAGAGUGAAAAGGUCUCGGGCCCUGGUAGAUGGAGAGAGUUGGCAGGAUGUGGAGCACGCUGAAGAGCCGGUGUCAGACCCUGUUCCACUCGGAGGGCGGCGGGCGUGGCGAGGGCGCCAUGGAGGUGCCCGACGUGCGCUGCGUGGUGGACCCCGCCCGGGGCAUUCGCCUGGGCGAGCCCCUGGGCUCCAGGGCCACCAGCCCCGCCCGCAGCCUCUCGCCCCUCCCCCUGGUGGCCGACGCCCCCCCGCAGGCCCUGGGGAGGCGGGGCCACAACUGCGUGACGGACAUCCCGCAGAUCGUGGAGAUCACGAUCGACAAGGACAGCGAGGACGCGCGGGGGCCCGGGGCGGCCCCCCUGGCCCGCCGCGACUCGUACUCCCGCCACGCGCCCUGGGGGGGCAAGAAGAAGCACUCGUGCUCCACCAAGACGCAGAGCUCGCUGGAGACGGACAAGCGGCUGGGGCGCACGCGCGGGGGGCUGCCCCGCAGGGAGCGGCGCUACGGGCCCGGCCCCGCCCACGAGGCGGAGCCCUGCGCCGGGCGCUCGCUGCGCCAGCGCAUCCACGACACGGUGGGGCUGUGCCUGCCGCUGCGGCCCCGGCCCCGCCCCUCCAAGGCGCUCUUCGCCUCCAAGCGCAAGAUCCACCUGACGGAGCUGAUGCUGGAGACCUGCCCCUUCCCGCCCGGCUCGGACCUGGCGCACAAGUGGCACCUGAUCAAGCAGCACACGGCGCCGGUCAGCCCGCAGUCCUCCGGCACGCUGCUGGACGCCUUCGACCCCGCCCGGCCCUCGCCCGAGGACGAGGAGGAGCGGCUCCGCGAGCGGCGGCGGCUCAGCAUCGAGGAGGGCGUGGACCCGCCGCCCAACGCCCAGAUCCACUCCUUCGAGGCCACGGCGCAGGUCACCUCCCUGUACAAACUGGGACCAAAGAUGGCCCCCGGGAUGGGCGAGGGGUCCGGGGAGGGGAAGGGCGGGGCCGGGGGCGGGCUGGGCGGCGGGGGGGGCGCGGCGGGGGGGGCGGUGGCCCUGGCGGCGGCGGUGGCGGCGGCGGCCCCGCUCCCCGCAGACUGCGACUCGGAGGAGGACUCCACCACGCUGUGCCUGCAGUCGCGGCGGCCCAAGCAGCGGCACACGUCCGGCGACGGCCACGCCGCCCGGCAGGGCCCCUGGAAGGUGCACACGCAGAUCGACUACAUCCACUGCCUGGUGCCCGACCUGCUGCAGAUCAGCGGGCUGCCCUGCUACUGGGGCGUGAUGGACCGCUACGAGGCGGAGGCGCUGCUGGAGGGCAAGCCCGAGGGCACCUUCCUGCUCCGCGACUCCGCCCAGGAGGACUACCUCUUCUCCGUCAGCUUCCGGCGCUACAACCGCUCGCUGCACGCGCGCAUCGAGCAGUGGAACCACAACUUCAGCUUCGACGCGCACGACCCCUGCGUGUUCCACGCGUCCACCGUCACCGGCCUGCUGGAGCACUACAAGGACCCCAGCUCCUGCAUGUUCUUCGAGCCGCUGCUGACCGCACCGCUGCACCGCACCUUCCCCUUCAGCCUGCAGCACCUGGCGCGGGCCGCCAUCUGCCGCCGCACCACCUACGACGGCAUCGGCGGGCUGCCGCUGCCCUCCGCCCUGCAGGACUUCCUCAAAGAGUAUCACUACAAGCAGAAAGUGCGCGUGCGCUGGCUGGAGAGGGAGCCCCUCAAGAUCAAAUAGAGACGGGGGGGUCGAUCUGCUGGCGGUCAGGAGGACUACGAAGCAAAGCAAAAACUCACAAGUGUGCAUACCUGUUCAUCACCUGCAGACUGCUCUGUACGG